AUGUUCACUCGGUGCAUGAUGCUGCUUGCUGGUGCUGCUGGUGCUGCUACUGCUAUCGUCAGCGCGGCAUCAACUUCGAAUGGCACAAAUUCUUUGACAACAGCGAUAGCGACGGCUACGCCAACCAAGCCAGCCGCGCCCGCCCUACCCGUGCCAGAUGCAGAACAGCAGGAACGCUUCUCUUCCCUGGCCCUGUUCCUCGUGCUGUCUCUACUCAUCAUGUCCUUCUGGACUUCGUACUACCUUAAGGUCAAGCGCAUCACCGCGGUACAUGAAACCAUCGUAGGUCUCUUUGCCGGCAUGUUUGUCGGUGUCUGUCUUCGCGUUGGGCCAGGCGAGCAGGUGCAAAACAUGCUCAGCUUCAGCAAUACCAUCAUGCUCAAUGUGCUGCUCCCGCCCAUCAUCCUCGCAUCUGGAUACGAUCUGCGACAAGAAAACUUUUUCCGCAACUUUGGCACCAUCCUCAUAUUUGCCUUUGCGGGCACUUUCAUCAGUGCCAUCGUGGUCGGUGUGAUCGUUUACCUCUGGUCUCUACUUCACCUCGAAUCCAUCUCGCUCACCUUGCUCGAGUGUCUCAUUUUUGGCUCAACGUUGAGCGCUACCGAUCCGGUCACCAUUCUCGCCAUCUUCAACACGUACAAGGUGGAUCCCAAACUGUACUCGGUCAUCUUUGGUGAGAGCAUUCUCAAUGAUGCUGUGUCCAUUGUCAUGUUUGACACUCUUUCCACUUUCCGCGGCAAGGACAUUUACAUUUCGUCCAUCUUCCACGGUAUCGGCCUCUUCCUGGUUGUCUUUACGCUCUCCAUGUUGCUCGGCGUAUGUUUCGGUCUGGGAUGCUCACUGCUGCUCAAACAUUCGCGACUUAGCUCGUAUCCUCAGUUGGAGAGCUGUCUCGUAGCCCUGAUCGCCUACACGAGCUACUUUUUCAGCAACGGCGUUACCAUGAGUGGUAUUGUCUCCCUUCUCUUCUGCGGUAUCACGCUCAAGCACUACGCCUACCACAACAUGUCGCGGCGAACACAGCGAACGACGCGAUACACGUUUCAGACGCUGGCCAACCUUUCGGAAAACUUUAUCUUUAUCUACCUCGGCCUCAGUCUCUUCACACAGGAGAUCUUGGUAUACAAGCCGCUGUUCAUUAUUGUCACCGUUGUUGCUGUCGUAGCAUCACGCUACUGUGCAGUGUUUCCCAUCGCCAGUGUGGUUAACGCAUUCAAGCGGGCCCGCAAUAAUCGACGCGCGCGAGCCACUGGAGGCGGUGGUGUGCCUCGGGGCAGUGGCAGUGGCAGUGGCGAGGAGGAGCUGCCACGACAGUAUCAGAUCAUGCUCUUCUGGGCUGGUCUGCGCGGUGCUGUCGGAUUUGCGCUCUCAGCAGGUAUCGAGGGACAGAAUGCAAUUGCCCUGCAGACGACGGUGUUGGUGACAGUGGUACUGACGGUGAUUGUUUUCGGCGGAACUACGGCGCAGAUGCUCGAGAUCUUGGGCAUUCGUACCGGCGUGCAGGAUGAUGAAGGCGAUUCGGAUGAUGAGGAGGACGAAGAUGAUGUGAUGCGGUUGAGGGGGAUGCAAAGGAGGGGCUACAUGGAUGCGGCCAACUAUCGCGAUGCAUCAGAACGAGCGGGCUUGACACGACCAGGUAACCGAUAUGCUUCGGGUGGCAAGAGUGGCUACCGCGAUGCAAGCGCAAACUCAAGCCCGCGCGCAUCGCUGAGCCACGCCAACUCUGUAUAUGCACGAGCGCAAGGUGGAGGCGGAAAGGCUGGUAACCAGCGUGGAGGAUUCGCCGAUGACCUGGACGAGGAAGAGGAUGUAUCAUCUUUGUCUUCUGAUAUGCUUCCGUCGCGAUCGUCGACGCCCGGUCCGACAUCUGGUCUCGGUCCACUUAGCACCAGCUCUGGCGGUCCUGGGUUUGCAAGUGCACGCUCGCCAUCCAACGCUGGAUCGCUACCGAGCCUGAGCGAGAUCCGUCGAGCUGUGAUUGAAGCAUCGUCCGCGGACGGCUCCACCUCAUCGCCCGCGAAACAGCUUCUGGACCGAGCAGGCCUCGUUAUGAAGGACGGUCAAUGGUUCCAAGCCAUCGAUCAGAAAUACCUGCUCCCGCUCUUUAGCAAUUCUGUUGCUUCACGCAAGCACGAAGAGAAGAAGAUAGCUCGUCUCGCUGCACGAGAUGCGGCGGCUAGCCAACUCGAUCUAUCUCUGCAGGUGGGUGAUGCGAGUGCAGGUGGGUCGGCGGCGGGCGGCAGGAAGAACUUUUUUUCGGUCGAAGAGGACGGAGAUGCGGAUCUGUAUCCUGCAGAACGGGAUGCAGUAGUGGUGGAUGAAGACGACGAGGACACAGGAGUGCCCGUGUUUGACGCAACGUCAUUUGCCAGUGGACGAAGAUCGACCAGUGGGCGAAACACACCAACGCGAAGAACCUUUAGCCAGAACGAUGAGGGCCUCUAG